ACUGGUGUACCUGUGUGUAUCUGUGUCGCGUGUGUGCGCUUCUUCGUUGUUUUGGUCUCCGGUUUUAGGUUAGAAACCCGUUCCGAGACAAAAAUAUCGCUGUAAAAAGUGAGAAACUUUUAGCAUUUUUUUUUCUUUUUCGUGCGCUUUGAGAACAACUUGUGCUCCCAUCGUCGUUCUCGUUGGAAAAGUUAACCCGGCAAGUGCAAAAGGCUUGGAAGAACCACAACCGAACCGCAGUACGCAAAGAUCCACUACAAGACGGGCCUCAUACAACAAAAAGGGACUCGAAAUCUUGUUGCUACGCUGCGCAAACCAAUCAACCGACUAACAAUCAACGGUAGAGAACAACAGAAGUCUGCGACCAAAAUUCGGGUGUUGCCAAACGAAACCAUCGGAAACUGCACCGUCACGUCCAAGCAAGAUCUUCUGCAUUAAAAUUACAAAAAGCCUUUUUAUCUACCAAAGGAAACGAACACAGUGCACCUUAUUGGCUCAACUCACAUCCGGAGAAUCCGUCUCCGACCAGUUCGGAACGUGUUCGCCACUGUCUAUCUAUAUUAAAGCCGUGGGCCGCGUACUGCGAAGAAGGGUAUUAUGGCGCAACGGUUUAUGCCUGCGGGUUCCUGCAACCCCCAACAGCAACAGCGGUACGGUGCUGGUGGCAUCGGUGUACCCGGUCCCUCCAACGCAGCCGUGAUGCGCCCGUACGGACCGGCGACCGCAGCGUUUGGGGGCAGGGGAGGGUACAUGCCACAACCGCCGAUGGGUCACGGUUCGCAUCCUGGUCCGCAAUCGCACCACCAGCGUCCAAUGCAUGGCGGCUACCUUGGUGGUGGAGGUGGUGGAAGUAUGCGUAGCUCAUCGAUGCCCGGCGGUUCCAGCAGUGGUAAACGGGGUGCCGAUCGUAAUGCGGCUCAUCAGAAGCAAAGCAGCGAGUAUCAGGCGAAGCGCAGGAGAAAGCUGGCGGACAAAAUUCUGCCGCAGAAGGUGCGUGAUCUGGUGCCGGAAUCGCAGGCCUACAUGGAUUUGCUGGCGUUUGAGCGGAAGCUGGACGCGACGAUCACGCGCAAGCGGCUGGACAUCCAGGAGGCCCUGAAGCGCCCGAUGAAGCAGAAGCGCAAACUGCGCAUUUUUAUAUCGAAUACGUUCUAUCCGGGCCGCGAGGAUCGGCUGGAUGCGGUGGAGCACGGGUGUCAUGGUGUGCCGGUCGGUGCUAGUGGUACCCCCGGCGAUCCUAGCUCGGUCGCCUCGUGGGAGCUGCGGGUGGAGGGUCGUCUGCUUGAGGAGGGUAAAUCGGAGGCGGGCAAGACGAAGCGCAAGUUCAGCAGCUUUUUCAAGUCGCUCGUGAUCGAACUGGACAAGGAGCUGUACGGGCCGGACAACCAUCUGGUGGAAUGGCAUCGGACACACCAGACUCAAGAGACCGAUGGCUUCCAGGUGAAGCGGCCGGGUGACCGCAAUGUACGAUGUACUAUUCUGCUGCUGCUUGACUAUCAACCGCUGCAGUUUAAGCUCGACCCGCGCCUUGCCCGGCUGCUCGGCGUACACACGCAAACCCGGCCUGUCAUCAUCUCUGCCCUGUGGCAGUACAUCAAGACGCACCGGCUGCAGGACGCGCAUGAACGCGAGUACAUUGUAUGCGACAAGUACCUGGAGCAGAUCUUCGGCUCCCCCCGCAUGAAGUUCGCCGAGAUACCGCAGCGGCUCAGCCCACUCCUACACCCGCCCGAUCCGAUCGUUAUCAACCAUGUGAUUGCGGUGGAGGCGGGUGCCACGCAGGACGGUAGCGCCGGCAACAAGCAGACCGCCUGCUAUGACAUCGACGUUGAGGUGGACGACAGCCUCAAGCAGCAGAUGAGCAACUUUCUGAUGAGCACCGCUAGCCAACAGGAGAUUCAGACACUCGACAGCAAGAUCCACGACACGGUAGAAACGAUCAACACGCUCAAGACCAACCGUGAGUUCUAUCUUAGCUUCGCCAAGGAGCCACACACGUUCACGCACCGCUGGAUUGUGUCGCAGACACGCGACCUCAAGGCGAUGACUGACGUGGUGGGUAACCCGGAGGAGGAGCGGCGCGCCGAGUUCUACUACCAGCCGUGGACACAGGAGGCCGUGUCGCGCUACUUCUUUACCAAGGUCAACCAGAAGCGGGCGGAAUUGGAGCAGUCGCUCGGCAUUCGGAACUCCUGAAACAACACCUUCGGGUGGGGGCUGGAUGGUCCGUGCUGUAGUACAGUGUCGCGUUUCGCUUUCUUUCCCUCCCAACAGCAUUUUAAUUUUGGCAUUAAACUAAGUAGCUACAUUAGUACAUUCUAAAGUACCCAUACUAAGCCGCCCAUCCUGCACUUCUCACUCGCGAUCGCGAUCAUGUAUACGUUAGGCUCACGUGCAGCUUUUAGGUAACGCGACUCUCACCUGACAUGGCAGAACCGGGCGUUCAACGGGCGAUGAAUUGUGCAUUUUAUUUCGUGCUUAAAUCUCGUUGUAGUGUGUGGAACAGCGCCAUGCCCUCCCUCCCUGUCCCUGUUCCUGUCUUUGGUGCCAUCCUAUUGGGAGCCGUUGGCCGUUAUAGUUCGUAAGACAGCGGGCGACCAAUCUCCAAGAUCCCAGCAUCGUGUCGCGGGACCAAUCUUGAAGAAAAGCGCGCCCUGCAACCUUUAACCAAAUUAACCAACCAGAUCCUCAUAACUCCCUCUCCCCGGGUUCGUGGUAUUUGUGGUUUUCUAAGCUUCUUUUAUUUUCCCCCUCACCGAUUUAGUGACAAAUAGAAAGUGCAACAAGUGGCCUCGAAACGUUUCGUCGCUCCUACGCGGAAGCGAAAGAAACAUACAAAGUUUAAACAGAUUUCCAUUUUUAGAGUCAAAUAAAGUCCUGAAA